GUUUCACAAUCAACAACCGGAACCAGAGAAAGAAAACUGGGAAUCACCAUUCCGGCAAAGGAAAUUCUCUCUAUACUUUUUGGACCCCAAUUGCGAGUAAAAUUUCUCAGCCUGCUACAAUUUAUUUGGGCUGAAUUAUGACAUGGGUAUUGUGAUAUUCUUCACUAUACGUAAAGGGUUUUUCCUGGAAGCUCUUCUGAGUUUUGGGUUUUGUAGACUUUGAACCAGAACAAUUUAGGUGGAGAGAUAUGAACAGUAAAGUGUGGAGAUGGGUUUUGGGUUUGAUAUACAUAGUAACUGUUGCAGCUAUAUGGAUUGCUGCUAGUUUUGUGGUACAGUCUGUUGUAGAUGCGGGUGUAUCUCCUUUUCUCAUUACGUAUAUAUGCAAUUCAUUGUUUGUGAUUUACAUUCCCUUAGUUGAAAUAGGACGGUAUUUGGAGGAUAAUUAUGGAGGUCUAUGGUUUUGGAUAAGAAAUAAAAGUACAACUUUCAAAGAUAUGGGAGGGUCAGAGAAAACCAUUCUUCUCGGUGAGAGUGAUGAAGGUCCAAAGACUGAAGCGUCUUUGCUUUUAGAAGUGGGAGAAACAAGUCAGCAUGUAGAAGAUAUUGGCUUUGUAAGAAGACAAGUAUUGGAAGAGCUUGAUGGUCCUCCGCAUAAUGAAGAUAAUAUCAACGAAGUUUCUGCUAAGCAAGUGGAUGCAAAAGGGCGGUGGACACGCACUAGAAUGGCCAGAGUUAGUCUUUUGAUAUGCCCCUUUUGGUUUCUUGCCCAACUCACCUUUAAUUUUUCAUUGAAGUAUACCACGGUUACUUCUAACACCAUUUUAAGCAGUGCAUCAAGCCUUUUUACAUUUUUAGUCUCGCUUGCAUUUUUGGGUGAAACGUUUACAUGGGUGAAGCUUAUUAGCGUUCUUCUUUGCAUGGGAGGAACGAUAAUUGUUAGUCUUGGUGACUCACAAACUGGUUCAAGUGAUAUUGCUUCAAACCCUCUCCUUGGGGACAUAUUUGCUCUUGCCUCCGCUGGGUUGUAUGCUGUGUAUAUCACCCUCAUCCGUAAGAAGUUACCUGAUGAUGAAAAUGAUGAAAAAAGUGGUCAUCCAAGUAUGGCACAGUUCCUGGGAUUUUUAGGACUAUUCAACCUCAUUAUCUUCUUUCCAGUCGCACUUAUACUUAACUUCACCAAGCUUGAGCCCUUUAGUAUGCUAACUCGGAAGCAGUUUGGUUUAAUCAUUGGUAAAGGUCUGUUGGAUAAUGUGCUGAGCGAUUAUUUAUGGGCGAAGGCAGUUAUUCUGACUACCACCACAGUGGCAACAGCAGGUCUCACAAUUCAGGUGCCAAUGGCUGCAAUUGUUGAUUCACUGACGGGCAAUGCCCCUCAUCUUAUGGAUUAUCUUGGUGCUCUGGCUGUCACAGUUGGCUUUGCCGGCAUAAAUAUUCCAUCUGAAGUCUUUUGCAGAUCAAAUGAAACCAAUGUAGAAGAACUAGAAUGUAAAAGAUCUACUUUAACUGAGCAUGAUGUCAACCCAGACCAAGUGGUUGUUUCUUGAUAUGUUUUGCAAGUUAUAAUAUACCUACCAUACCUGCCCAUUUUAGAGAAUCAUCUCUUAAAUAUAUUGUUUCAAUGUAUUUAUUUAGUUCA